GAACCCCACACACGCCCCUGACAGAGAUAAGGCUUUUAGUGCUUAUAAGCGGCCAUGAAGUUCCUCUUGGCACUAUUGCUUGCUGGUCUGCUGGGGACGGCCAAUUCUCAGGUGCCUGAAGGCUGCAUUGAUCCCCCCGGGAAUGGUGAGAUAGCUGACCUGGUGGUGAUGGCCAUAGAGGCUGCCCGGCCAUUGCUUGAGACUGGCAUCCCAUCGCUCGGCUUCCCCCCCAUUGACCCACUUGGGCCCGUCCCUGAUGUCAACUUUCACAUUGACGUCACAGGUCUCAGGAUGGAUGGAACUGUGUCUGAGACACAAAUAAGAAAUCUUGCCCAGUUCUUCAUCUGCUCCCUCAACAUUUCUGUCGGCCUAUCACAGAAGUUUUCUGUUGAGUUCCGUCUUGAUAAUUUCCACAUGGAUGGGACGUAUAAUGUUGAUGGACUCAUUGCUGGACUCUUCCCUGUCUUUGGAGAUGGAAAUUUCAGUUUGGACACAUAUGAAACAGGUUUCUUUGGAGCUGCCAUGUCUUACAAUCCCUUCACAGAUCACAUUUCCAUAAAGGACCUCAACUUUAAUGUAUUCUUCAAGGUCCUUAAGUUGGAUAUGGAAUGCAUAAAUGGCUGUGGUGACAUGUCUGACCUUAUCAAUGGAGUCAUUUCUGAGAUUGGACCAGCCAUCUUUGAAGCUGUGUGGAAUGCUGUUGAGCCACCUCUUGCUGACCUGCUGGAGGAUGGCAUCAAUCUCAUUCUCAAGAACAUUUCCAUCUCUGAUGUCAUUACUCCUGAUCAGCUGGACAAACUACACCCCAUGGAACUGGGCAAUGCCAAUGACUUUGUUGAUUCCAUCAUGGGCUCUGUGAACAAUGCCAUUGUCACUGCUGACCUGGAUCCUGCACUGCUGCCAGAGACAACCCUCAGCCUGGGAGCGGGAGAGGCUGUUCUGUAUGAUGGCCAGGUGGAGGGUCUGUCAAAGAUGUAUCGUGGUGGGACCUGCACGUUGGACAAAGUGGCUAGCUGGGUGUUCCUCUAUGCUAACCUUGCCGAUAAGAACCUACAGGUUCACUACAAGGCUAAUGUCACUUCAGGGUCCACCACUGCAGCAGCCACAAUAAGUGCCGCUGUGAACCUCGUGGAGGCUUACUUGGUGGCACGGAAAGACAUGUUUGGCCUCACCACGGACAUUGAUCAAUUUGUUGUUACUGAAUUUGGAUGGAUUGAUGUCGACAUUGAAGGUCUGGGACUCCUUGGAUUCAUGCUGGAGCCGCUAACUGAAGGUGUGAUGAAUCUGGUGAGGAACGAAAUCACUGAUAUAUUGGAGACAGAAGUAAAAGACCUCCUGCAGGAUAUCCUUGGGGAGACACCCUGGCCAGCACUCUGACUGUCAUGAUAUCUACCAUGUAGUUUGGUAAUACAUUAUUAUCAUUUUGGUAGCUAAUGAAUAUUUUCUGUUCUACAUGUCUGAAGGUAGUUGUGUCCCAUUCUGUAUCUCACUGUGUUUAUUCCUUGGUGUUGUAGGCAAGCAUCAGAGAGAUUGUAUCUAUUACUUCUUUUGGAAUCUAAGGUUAUUACACUAUUUUCUUUCUUGCAUGAAAUUAGACUGUUCCAUUCAACACAUACUAGUUCAACCUUUACCCUCUUACUUGCAUGGAACUUAUUUCAUUGUUGGAUAAUGGUUACCCUGUACAUUGAUAUAUUUUGUCAUGAAUGGAAGUGAAGCUAUGAGUACCAUGUGAUUUUGAGUCUUAGAUUUCUCCUCUUCUUAGAGCUCACUAGGAAUAUAGAAUUUUAUUAGCAUAUUUUCAAAACUUUUAUUUUUGCUUUUACAUACAAUUUUCACAACCCUUUAGUCACAGUGUGUGUAGUAGAUAAGUACUUCUUUACAUUAUGAAUAAUACCUGUAAAUAAACAAAAUUUCUACACUUAACAAAAUGGUAGGCUAUGCAUUUAGCAGUUCCCCAUGUCUCAAGGACAUGGUUACUAUAGCCACACUUCUCAAAAAAUAGAACACACCAUAUACUAUGACUCUUAUGAAUUAUAGUUUUCCUUCCCAAUUACUCUGAUGCAUUUUUUUUCUAUAUCAUAUGCUUUACUAAUGCUGUAACAUGGAUAAAAACAAAAUUAGAUGCAUAUAUACACUCUAAAGACUAAACACAUGCUUAAGAUAUACAUUUAUGUACGUACCUGCUAAAUAUUGUAUGGGUUAACAUGCAUGUGUGAUCAGAGUUGCAUUAUGGCUAUAGCAUUGCUUCUUUUGUGUGACAUCAGCAUUAUUUGUACCCCGCUUUCUUGGAAUUAACUAGAAGUCUCAGUUUUAUUAAUACUCUGCAUAAUUAUGUUUGUUUUGACAAAUAAAUCUUGGAUUUGU